AUGCCUAACGACAAUACUAGUUUAAGCGUUAAUGUUGAUUAUUCUUAUAAUGAUGAUUUCAUAUCACCUAUAGUAAAAUUUUGGCUUUAUUUGAUUUUUCUUAUUCCAUCAAUUAUUUGUGCAUUUUUUGUUCUUUAUCAUCUUCUUGGUGAUCAAGGUCUUCGUCGAUCUCUCCAUAAUCAUGUAAUUAUUGUUUUACUUAUAACAGUUGUUAUUUGUCAAGUAACAAUGUAUCCCUGGAUGCUUUAUUAUUACUAUCAUAUUAAUACUUGGUCAAAAUCAUUUGUUUUUUGUCUCAUUUGGGGAUUUAUUGAUUGGGCAAUUUAUCUAUUACAAUUGUUACUAUUUGCUUGGGCUUCAAUUGAAAGACAUAUUCUUAUUUUUCAUGAUAAAUGGGUAUCAACUAAAAAGAAACGUUUCUUUGUACAUUAUCUUCCUUUAAUUAUCAUUAUUAUCUAUUGGUUUAUAUUCUAUACUUUUGUUUAUUUUUAUCCUUCAUGUGAAAAUACUUUUGAUAGUUCUCAAAUGAUCUGUGUUACAAUUUGUUUAUUUAACUCAUUCUCAUUUCGUACAGUAGAAAUGCUUUUUCAUUAUAUACUACCAUGCUUCAUUAUUAUUCUUCUUAGUAUUACUUUAAUUUUGCGAGUUCUAUGGCAAAAACAUCGCAUGCAUCAACCGAUUCUAUGGCGGAGACAUCGAAAAAUGACGGUUCAAUUAUUAUCUAUUUCAGCUCUGUAUCUUCUUGUUACUGCUCCAUGGGCAAUCAUGAUCUUUUUGCGUAUAUGUGGUUUACCAUCUAAUGUCGGUGAAAGUUUUGAAAGUGACGCCCUUGGUGCUCAUGUUGAAUUCAGACCUAACAGUUAUUUGGCAGCUAAUCCAGUCAAAGACCUAGAAGGGGGAGGAACAUGGGGUCUACAAAAGGGACAGUUCACUGAUGAUGCUUCAAUGGCACUUUGUUUGGCAAAUUCACUGAUUGCUUGUCAAGACUUUGUUCCAUAUGAUCAACUAGUUCGCUACAAGUGGUGGUAUCGACAUGGCUAUAUGUCAUCGACUGGUCAAUGUUUCGACAUUGGUGCGGCUACUCAACAAUCCAUCGAAGAAUUUGAAAAGCGUCAAAGAAAGUUUGCACAUGAUCAUGGCAUUCCUUUUGACCAACUAGACUUUUUGUCCAAUCGGGAUCUUCUUCAAGCAUUCGACGUGAAGUGCAGUAAAGACGAUGUGGCUGGGAACGGUGCCCUGAUGCGUCUUGCACCUGUACCACUCUUCUUUUACCACAAUCCGGAACUGGCCAUUGAAUAUUCUGGCAUUAGUGGUCGAAUCACUCAUGGAGAUGACAAAGCUUAUGAUGCAUGUUGUUAUUAUGGAGCUCUCAUUAUAGCUGCUCUGAAUGGUGCAAACAAAAAUGAGUUAACUAGUAAAACUUUUUACGAUAAGCAUCGACAUUGGUUUGGCGAUCGAAUCCUUCAUCCUGAAAUCAUGGCGAUCGCGCACGGAUCAUAUAAAAAACCAGGUGGAUAUCAAGAUGGAAUUCGAGGGAAAGGAUAUAUUGUCAAUGCUCUGGAAGCUGCUUUGUGGGCUUUUUGGAGUGAUGAAGACUCGUUUGAAAAAGGUGCACUUAAUGCAGUUAAUCUAGGCGAUGAUACAGACACAACAGCAGCUAUUUAUGGUCAAUUGGCAGGAGCUUACUAUGGCUACAAGAAGUUGCCAGUGAAAUGGCUGGAAUGUAUAUAUGCCAAAGAUUUCAUUCAAUGUAAGAAAAUGGUAUUACGUACAUUGAGCGCUGUUGACUAUGUUCUUCUUAUUCUACUUCUCCUGUCAUCGGCUGUUAUUGGUGCUAUAUUUGGUUUUUUUAAAUCAAAAAAAAGUUCAGCUAAAGAAUUUAUGAUAGCUGAUGGUGGUAUGGGAGUAUUUCCAACAGCUCUUAGUAUAAUGGUCUCGUUUCUCUCAGCUAUUACAUUAUUAGGAACACCAAGUGAAAUAUAUAUGUAUGGAACAAUGUAUUGUUAUCAAGCUGUUUCAUGGGCAAUUGCAUCAACAGUCACAGCAUUAGUGUUUAUGCCUAAAUUUCGUGAAAUGAAUUUUACAAGUGCUUAUGAGUAUUUAGAAAAACGUUUUGAUCGAUCCGUGCGUAUGUGUGCUUCAUUUGCAUUUUCGUUCGGUAUGGGUGGUAUGAAAGCAGUCAUUUGGACAGAUGUUUUACAAGCAAUAGUUAUUCUUGUUGGUCUUCUUGCUACUAUUAUACAAGGUAUUAUAGCAGUCGGUGGUAUUGAACUAACAUUCUCAAAAGCAUCAAAAGGUGGUAGAAUUCAAUUCGACAGUGGCAGUUUUGAUCCUCGCGUUCGUCACACAAUCUGGUCAUUACUGAUUGGUGGUUCGCUUAAUUCUUUAUCUAUGUAUAGCUUUAAUCAAACUCAAAUACAACGUUAUAUGUGUGUUCGAACAACACAUGGUGCUAAACAAGCAUUAUUUAUAAAUGCGGCUGGAACAGCCCUUAUUAUAUUGUCUUCAAGUCUUAUUGGAAUUAUUCUUUAUGCAUUUUAUGUAGAUUGUGAUCCAUACACAGCUAAAUAUGUUUCUGAUAUUGAUCAAAUAUUUCCAUAUUUUGUUAUGGAUGUAUUAAGCAGUAAAAAAGGUUUACCAGGAAUAUUUCUAGCGUGCGUUUUUUCUGGUUCAUUAUCAACAAUAUCAUCUGGUUUAAAUAGUCUUGCAGCAGUUGUUAUUGAAGAUGUUUAUAAAGGUUUAAUGGGUAGAACUUUAAGUGAUGAACGACAAGGUUUAAUAUCAAAAAUCUUUUCAAUUGUAUUAGGAGCUGUAGUUAUGUUAUUAACAUAUGUUGUUAGUUAUCUUGGAUCAAUACUGAAUGCUGCAUUAUCAUUAUCUGGUGUCUUAUCUGGUCCAAUAACGGGUGUUUUCUUUCUUGGUUUCUUUUUUCCACAAGUUAAUCGUCGUGGAGGUUUAGUUGGUUUUCUAGCAAGUCUGUUUGUACAAUGUUGGAUAUUUUUGGGAGCACAACUAACAAAAAAACAAAUGAAAAGUGCACGUUUACCAUUAUCAGUUGCUAAUUGUCCUACUCCAGUAAAUAUUACAAUAUCACUAACAACAUCAAUAAAAGCUAAUCCAUUACUUGGUUUUUAUUCCAUUAGCUAUAUGUGGUAUACACCAAUAGGUGUUACUACUGUUAUAAUUGUUGGAGUUAUUGUAUCUUAUUUAACGCGUCCACUUAAAUCAAAUGAAAUCGAUCCAAAAUUAAUAAUACGUAUUAGUAAUGUAAAUUGCUGUUGUUUACCUAAAUGUAUACAUGAUUGGAUUCGAUAUGGUGUUAAAGAAGAUGUUAAUUUGGAAAAAAAGAAUAAUAAUGAUAUUAAAUCGCUAACAUCAGAAGAAAACAAUAUAUUUCAUAGUAAUAAUAGUGCACAAACACUUAACACAGCUACAAAAGAUCUUAUUCCGUUGAAUGUCGUAAUAGAAAACAAAAUGGAUAAUUCGUAUGAUAAUCCAGUAAUAACAAUGAAAGAUUAA